UCAAUCCUUGUGUGGUGGUCAAACUCAACUCAAAAGUGUGAUUUAUGUUUUUAAGUAUAUUUGACUCAAACAAAAACAAAAAUAUUUUUUUGUAGUUAUGAUUAUUAUUUUUGAAUAUUAAAGAAUUAAUAUUGUGAAAUUUUUUUUUAAAAGAGAAAAAAAAAAAUUAUAAAAAAAUGUUGUAUUCAAAAAAUAAGGAUACUUGUUAUACUCGAAGAUGGUUGCAAUACACGGCUACGGUUUCUGCAUCGUUGGCAAUAUUCGUGGGUGGAAUGCAUUUAGUAUGGGCUUCUGCAUCAUUACCAAAACUAUACGCUGAUGAUUCACCAAUACCCAUAACACAAGAUCAAGGUUCAUGGAUUGCAUCUCUGGAACUUUUAGCUGGUAUACCAGGCGCACCAUUAGGAGCAUAUUUUGCUGAUAAAUUUGGUCGUAAAAAUACGCUAUUCCUUACAGCAAUCCCCUACAUUAUUAGUUGGAUAUUAAUAGCAUGCGCAACAGACGUAUGGCCCUUAUACAUAGCAAAAAUUUUAGUAGGACUCGGAGAUGGAUCAUCAUUUACGAUUUUACCAAUGUUUAUAGGAGAAAUUGCCGAAGAUGAUAUCCGUGGCAAACUUGGAAAUUGCAUGACAGUCAUGUUGGAUUUGGGUUCGUUAUUCUUAUAUUGUAUCGCACCAUGGAUUACAAUUCGGCAAAUGUCUUAUGUGGGAAUGGUUUUCCCAAUAUUGCUAGUUAUUUUAUUAUGUUUCAUUUACGAAACUCCGUACUAUUUACUCAUGAAAAAGAAAUCAGACAAAGCACGGAAAUCUUUACGAAAAUAUCGUGGUACAAAUGAAAUCGAUGAAGAAUUUACUGAAAUGUCAAAUAUUGUAGAAAAACAAAUGUCGGAAACAUCUAAUUGGCUUGAUUUAUAUACGAAUAAAGCAUAUUUUCGAGCUUUCAUAAUUAUGAUUGGUCUAAAAACUAUGCAAAUGAUGAGCGGAAUUUAUGCGAUGCAAGUUUUUGCUGAACUCAUUUUUGAAGCGGCUGAAGAAGAAGCUGAUAAUAUGAUGCUGUCGAGUUCCGUGCAAGCAAUACUUUUUGGUGUAGCACAAUUUGCAAGUGGUUUUGGGGCAAUGUUAAUUGUGGAUAAAGUUGGAAGACGUCCUUUAUUGAUUAUCUCAUGCCUGGGAUGUUUUUGUGCGUUAAGCAUGCAAACUACAUAUUUUUACAUUCAAUACUACAACUUAGCUGAUCUCGGAUCAGUUCAAUUAUUACCAGUAAUUUCGUUAAUGUUCUAUAUCACAAUGUAUAGUGUUGGUUUGGGAGCAAUUCCUUUAAUGGUUCCAAGUGAAAUGUUCCCCACGAAUAUCAAAGCGAAAGCAAUAUCCUUAACUGACAUUUACCUCGCUUUAUUAGGAUUUUUAAUAGUGAAUUUUUAUCAAAGUGUAGCCGAAAAUUUUGGAAGUCAUAUUCCAUUUGGUAUUUUCGCUUUAUCAUGCUUAUUAAGUAUAUUCUUUGUAAUAUUUGUUAUGCCCGAAACAAAAGGGAAAUCUUUAGAGGAAAUUCAAAAUAUUUUAAAAGGAGAAAUUCCAUUGAAAAAGAUUAGUGCUGUUUCGAAUAUCUCGUAAAUUUUGGAUUGAAUUUGGGUUGUAUUCCCCCAAAAACCAAAAUAUACGAAAGUACGCGUAAGUCGGUGCGGGAAUUACGAUCUGAUUUAGUAAUUGAAUUACAAUUUUGGAUGACUAGUUAAUUCGAUUCAAUCUCAAAGUAUCGUUAAAUUUUUGUUAUCAGAUUACUUAAAUUUUUUUUAGAAGUUAGUAUUUCGAUUACUUAGUGGUCAUUAUCAGUCUUAAUAAUUUAAAAAUAUUAAAGUUAGCUGAAGAAGUACUGAUGUCGAUUUCAAUGUAUCUUUCGUUAAAAUUUGAAAAAAGGCGAGAAUAAAUGACAAGAUCUGAAAUAAAAAAUAAAAUGGAUUGGUAAACAUAAAAGAUAUUGAUAAUUGGGAGUUGCAACUCGCCAACUAUCGAUAAUAAUUCGUACUAAUUUAAAUCAGAAGAAGGCCCGAUUUCAGUAGUUACAAUUUCGACUACCAAAUGGCAAUACUUGUACACCAUUUUUUAAGGCCAAUAAAAAUCAGAUAAAU